AUGAAUUGCUUGGUGCUGCCGUUAUCGUUGAUCCGAAGACGCUCCAUGGGGUAUCGGCACCUGAGCCAGGAGAAAGAAUCCGACAACCCUAUAACCGUGGUGGUCGGAAAAGAGAAGAGGGUGUUCCUUGUGGAGCCUUUCGUAUUAGAGGAGAACCCUUUUCGGGUGUUGAUGGACACGUCGAAGAGGAAGAUGGUAAAAGAUCCAAAGAACAAGGAUAAUCAUCGUCUCCGUCACCAACGUAAUAGAGUUGUCUUGGUCGAUGUUGAUGCCAUUUUGUUCGAGCACAUGCUCUGGCUCAUGCAUAACGAUUGCUCUUCUUUCUUCAACCUUAAUUUGAACGACAUUAUUGACUUCUAUGCUCAGGAUGUGUAA